UUUAAUUUUGUUUUAGUUGUACAUGGUAUGAUAGCAAUGGACGACGUAUCAGACAAUAACAAAAUAUGGAGAAUGCUGUUUGCCGAAUUUUUGGGCACGGCUAUUCUAUUGUUUCUUGGUUGUGGCAGCAUUAUGUGGCUUAACGGUUCAACUAAUUCAUCAGAUAUCCUAGCAAUCUCUCUGACUUUUGGUUUCACAAUAGCAACACUAGUACAGAUAUUCGGUCAGACCAGUGGAUGUCAUAUCAACCCAGCAGUCACGGUUAGCUUUUUGGUGAGCGGCCAAUGCUCCUUUUUGAAAUCUGCUCUGUACAUAGCUGCACAGUGUUUGGGGGCUAUAGCUGGUAUCUACCUUCUAGAAUUUGUUACUCCAGACGCAGUAACUAAAGGCUUAGGAAAGACAGACAUAAACACACUGCUUCAACCGGGACAAGGAUUCGUCGUAGAAGCAUUCAUUACCUUUAUUCUAGUGUUGGUUAUUCACUCGGUCUGCGAUGAAGCCAACCGAAGCAACAUAGUUACGCCGUCCAUUUCCAUAGGUCUGACCAUUGCUGCCGCCCACCUAGCAGCGAUUAAAUACACAGGAGCUAGCAUGAAUCCAGCAAGAUCUUUGGGUCCAGCCGUGGCUCUAGGUUCAUGGUCAAACCAUUGGGUAUACUGGGUCGGUCCUAUUGUCGGUGGCAUACUUGGAGGAACCGUCCACACUUUUGUGUUGAAACGUCAUACUGAAGAGGCAAGCUCUUAUGAUCUUUGAACAACUUUAUAAUUUAACUGUUAUUUUUAUAAAUUAAUAUUAUGCUAUUAAUUAUGUGUUAUCAUAUCAUUUAACUUAGGUUUAACGUUAUAACCAGCGUCUAAUUCAAUAUGAAGGACUAAAUAAUUAAUUAAAAAAAAACUAUUUAUCAUUAUUAUAUUAAAUUGUAGACAUCAAACCAUACAAUUAAAUUGAGUGCAUUCUAGUUAUUAAAUCAACGAUGAAAUGAAAAUAUAUUACCUAUUUUAUUGCCUAUUUGUAAAGAUGUGAAUUGUGAGUUAUGAUUAUUCAUUAAAAUAAAGUAUUAAUUUUUAAUA